AUGACCGGGCAGCUGGCCCCGCUGUGCCUGCUGGCCCUGCUGCUGCCCCCGCUCCGGCCCGCGGCCCCCCUGUCCCCAGCCGAGCCCAUCAGCCAAGCCUACAGCCUGGCGCUGUACAUGCAGAGGAACACAUCGACGCUGCUCCAGACCUACCUCCAGCACCAGGGCAGCCCCUUUAGCGAUCCCGGCUUCUCAGCCCCGGAGCUCCAGCUCAGCAGCCUGCCCCCUGCCGCGGUCUCCUUCAAGGUCUGGCACGCCCUGGAUGACGGGGAGCGGCUGAGCCGGGCCCAGGAAGCCUUCCUGGCCCUGACCCAACACCUGCAGCUCGUGGGCGACGACCAGAGCGACCUGAAUCCUGACAGUCCCAUCCUGCUGGCCCAGCUCAGCGCGGCGAGACUCAGGGCCCAAGGCCUUCUGGGCAACAUGGCUGCCAUCAUGGCCGCCCUGGGGCUGCCUAUACCCAAGGAAGAGGACACUCUUGGACUUGUCCCCUUUGGGGCCUCCGCCUUCGAGAGGAAAUGUCGAGGCUACGUGGUAACCCGGGAAUAUGGUCACUGGACAGACCGGGCUGUGAGGGACUUGGCUCUGCUCAAGGCCAAAUACCCAGCCUAG